AGGCACAGAACUCUCUCAGUGCUUGCCUGCUUUGUGACCAGAGAUGUUUUAACACUGGCAUCUCCAUAUUGGAUCUACUUUUUUCCCCUUCCUUGGUAACUAGAGAGAGAGUUUUAUGCCACUCCAAAUGACAAAGCUCCUAUAUGUAUGUAAAGCAACAGCUUCUCCCACUACCUGGUCAUAGCAUGAACCUCUUUUUUCUGGUUUGACUAUCACCUUAACCAAAUAAUAUCAAGGAGGUUAUAUUUGGGCUGGAUUAAUCUUGUUAAAGUCACAGAAUCAUUACGUUUGGAAAAGACCACCAAAAUCAUCUAGUCCAACUGCCAACCCAUCCCCACCAUGCCCACUAACCCAUGUACCUCAGUACCACAUCUCCACGUUUCUUGGAAACGUCUGGGACAGUGACUCCACCACUUCCCUUGGCAGCCUAUGUCAACGUCUUACCACUCUUUCUGAGAAUACGUAUUUCCUAAUAUCCGACCUGAACCUCCCCUGAAGCUAGUUCAGUUCAGUGCAGCUGACAGUAACCUAGUAUAGCUUGAUGACCUUUGAGUAGAUUUGCAGUAUUUCCAUCAGGAAUGGGACAUGAUGCCCUGCUGGAAAACUCAUAACCUCUGGUUUACCAGCUCUUUUAUGUUCAGCAGAAGGUGGCUGGCCUAGCAUUGCUCCCUUAGCCUGCUCUUAGACAUUUAGGCUCCCAUUGCCUCAUGAUCCUCUUUUAACUGGAAACCUCAAGGAAAGCUCCUUACCCUUCAGGGAUGGGACCCACCAGUAUUCACACUGGAGUUAUAUAAGGAAUCCCCUCUGCCCCACCAUCUCUACUGUAAGUAGGUUGGGUGUUCAGAGAUCCUGUUCUUGGGAUGUUGGGACAGCUGGAUCCUUGUUCAGUUCUCACUGCUCUCGAGAAUGGAGAAGAGGAUCGUCUGCUGGGACUAGUUUUAGGCCUCUGAACAUUGCAGAUGUCCCUCUCAGCCCCUGUUUGUGUAUAGUCCUGCUACAUGAGAGUCCCGUGUCCUAGACUGUAAAGGUUUUGCAGAUGUAUAAUGUCUUGGAGAUUCAGAAGAACUUUGAAUUUCUCACUUACCUGAAGUGUCUUAGUCAAAUCUUUUCCACAUCAGAUACAGCUGUGGCCUGUAUACAUUUUAGUCCUCAUACCAAGCACCCUUUGGACCUUUGCAUUGUCUGGCUGCCAUCCAUCAGCUUUCCAGCAUUUACCUGCCCAAAAUUUAGCUUCCCUCAUGUUUGUGGUAGUCAGUUCCUGCUGUCCUGGGUGGAUGCAUCCAGCACCAAUGUGAAUCUUCUGCAGUACCUUUGGGUGUGGGUGUCCACUCAGGCCUGUGAGAGCAGGGCUCUGUCUUCUGCAUGGCCAGCUGACUGCACAGCAUCUGCUGCUGACUUCCUCCAGCCUGGCACAAGGUGGGGCCUCCUGGCCUCUCCCUUGAGUAUAUACACAAGAAUUUGGGGCAUCUCUGGACUUUGUGGUUUCUAUUGCUCAGACAAUUUGUUGUCACUUGAGUGCUGUGCAAGGAUGCAUCUGCAGUUCUGGCCCAUCUUUAUUUUUAGCUUGUGUGAGACACAUCUGAUGGUUUCAGAAGGAAGUUGCACGUUCUGAGCUCCGUGACUCAUACUGGAUAAGAACCGAGGCUUCUGCCCUAACCCUCAAGUGAUGUAGCCAGUUAUGGUGGGCCCUGUUCAUCCUGAGGAUGGACAGAGAAGGAGCAACAGAGGGGAGAAAAGCAGAGCUCUGGAAGUGUUGUUUUACCCAUUCUGUUAAGUCAUUAAAUUCAUUCACCUAAAGGUAUUGGCAGGUAUCACACCUGCAUGUAGCUUGGAAGGGUCCUUUGUUUUUCCUUGCAUCUCCCACCCGUGUCAGAGGAAAAGGAGCAAGGAGGUGUGUUUGCAUGCUGGGCUGAGUAACUAUAUAAUGCCACAUAGCAACAGCAGACAACAGUUUUUAGAACAGAAAGCAAAUCUGGAUCUUGUCUCCAGUUCAAGCCACAGCGAGGUUAAGUGUGUCAGCACAGAACUUCCUCCCCCCGUGGAAAUGAGCUGGGACUGGAAAGCAUAGACUUGCCACCCUCAGCGUGUCUGCUGCGCUUCUGCAAAAAGAAGCUUUUUCCGUACAACCUGGUGCUGCCACAAGGCAUCAAAGCUGCAGUGCGGGUGGUUUAUAACCACGAGGGAGCUGCGCUCGUCUGCGAAUCUUCAUACUUAAAGGGUGCCUCUGAGCAGAGCUGCUGUGAAGACUAAAGAGCUGGAGAGGACGGUGCAGAGGUUCGGAGGCACACCGUGAUGGUGGGAGCCAUUCCACGGCAGCCACGCCGCUUCUGGGGGGUGCCUGGCUGGCAAGUGUCUUCAGCUAGUUGUGCCAACGACCGCCCGCUGUGGGACGGGGAGAUUGAUCCGGAGUGGAGUGGGAUUCUGCUGCAGAGAGAGCCCCAUACUGGGGGGCUCACCUGGACAUCCUGAGCAAGAGGUCCAGCUCCUGCCCUCUCAGCAUCACCUGUGGCACUUUACUGUCCCCUUCCUGCUGCUGCAUGGGCUGUCCUGACUCCAACUCCACGUGGAGUCCAGCCAAGUAAGGCUCCAUGCGGCACAUCCACACAGAGACGUCUCUGCCCCCGGAGCGCAGCCCUGACUCCAGCCUGUCCCGACCCAGCGGAGAGGCAGCCUUGGAGCCUUCCUCACAGCACUGUGCCCACCACAGCAUCCUCAUGGGCUACAAUGAAACAGAGAUCAAGCGCCAGAAGGUUUACCAGGUCUCCAUCUUCUCCCAUCUCUCCAGCUCCUCCGAGAGCACGGAGCAACGAGCAGGCAGUCAUCCAACUCUCAAGAGGAGCUACCCUGAGCAGCGAACUCCGGAGGGGGUGCGGGAUCCCAAACGAACUCACUGGGGUGGUGGGGUGGACAGCAAGCGUGAUGGGGGCCUGGGGCAGUCUGCCCUGGAGGACGAUGAUACCUUUGAGGAUGGUCUGCUGGUGGAUGAGCUCUCUCUGUGUGGCUCUGCCCAGCACUUCUCCCACAGUGGGCUGCAGGUGGUGGAGCACCGAUGUGUGAGCAGUCCCAGUCCUAAGGCCAACAGAGAGGACAAGCUGCAAGAUACCUCCUCCUUCUGGCCACAGCACAUUGCUUGCAGUACUUUGCACACAAGAGAUAGUUGCCCUGUCCCGCCGGGGAAUCAGCUUGCAGACUGCUGGGAUAAUGGGGAGCGAAUGAGUGGACACAAUCUACUUGACCUUGAUUUGCACAAUAUUGCACAAAAACCCCAGCUGGACUGUGGUGGAAGGGGGGAGAAGCCAGGCAGCAGCCCCGCUCACAGCAGCGGGGCUGGCGAAGCAGAGGAAUGGCCAGUGGUGGCUAAUGGGUGCAAGGAGCCUCUAGCCCCACAGAUGUUACUCAGCCCUGAGCCCAGCAACCUGAACUCCCAGGAAAAGACACCCUGUGGGAACAGCAGCAGCAGCAGCAGCGGCAGCAGCAGCAGCUGCCCAGCCAAAAGGAAGUUGCUGCCAGCUGGUGAGAUGGCUGACUCCUGCUCUGAGGAUGAGAGCCUAUCUCAGCUGGUGAGGAAGAAGAGAGCCCUGCCAUGCCACCCAGUGCCCACAGCCUGCCGUAGCACUGAUGCCAAGGGAGCCCCUUUCUGGAAUCACCUGCUUCCCACAGCCAAGAGCUCUGCAGAUUGCACUACGGUCGGGAGGAGGCUGAAGAGUGGGCUGCGCCUCAAAUCGCGACAUCUCCGGAGCAGCCUCCGGAGGGGGACCCGUUCCUCUGCAGCAUCCUGGGCCACCACCACUGUCAGCCAUGCUCUGCUGGGCAACUUUGAGGAGUCCAUCCUGAAAGGGCGCUUUGCACCAUCGGGGCGCAUCGAGGGGUUCACCGCAGAGAUCGGUGCCAGCGGCUCCUACUGCCCACAGCACGUCACCCUGCCUGUGGACGUCACCUACUUCGACAUCUCCGAACACAGCGUGCCCUCGCCUUUCCUGGGAGUGAUUGACUUGGAGGCCUUGGGAAAGAAGGGUUACAGUGUUCCUAAAGCUGGAACCAUCCAAGUGACCUUAUUUAACCCCAACAAGACUGUGGUGAAGAUGUUCUUGGUGACGUACGACUUCCAGGACAUGCCUGCCAAUCACAUGACCUUCUUACGCCACCGCAUCUUCCUGGUGCCUGUGGGGAAAGAGAAAGGGGUCACCGUGGCCUGCAGCGAGCCACCAGGCACCGGCCCACCCCGCAGGGUCCUCUGCUACCUGAUGCACCUGAGAUUUCACAGCUCCAAGUCUGGGAAGAUCUACCUUCACGACAACAUCCGGCUGCUUUUCUCACGCAAGUCAAUUGAGGUUGACUCGGGGAUCCCAUAUGAACUGAAAUCCUUCACGGAGAUGCCAAGGAACCCUCGCUACUCGCCCUGGCCCUGACCUUCUCCCUCGCUCAGGGCCACCGUGGAGUGCCCAGCCCAGUGCUUUGGGGAUCAUUGAGUAAAGGAGAGACCAAGCGCA